AUGACGGAAGCUCCUGACAUGCGCCUUCCUGACUUCACCAAGGUUUUUGAAGUUGAGUGUGAUGCCUCCGGGGUCGGCAUCGGGGGAGUCCUUAGUCAGGAACGUCACCCUGUCGCUUGUUUCAGUGAGAAGUUGAACGACGCCAAACAGCGGUACUCAACUUAUGAUAAGGAAUUGUACGCAAUUGUGCAGGCUUUGCGAUAUUGGCAUCAUUAUUUGCUGCCCCAAGAAUUUGUUCUUUAUUCAGACCAUGAGGCCCUCCGUUAUCUCACAUCCCAGAAGAGAUUGAAUUCUAGGUACAGUAGCUAG